AUGCAUUUUUCCAUUCCAGACACAACUGAAAUAUCUGCUAAAAAUAGCAAUAAUCAACAAUCCUAUACUUUAUUUAAUAUCCAUAUUAAUGGUGUUCAUCACUGUAGUGUACGUUAUUCACAAUUACGUACAUUUAAUGAAGAACUUCAACGUUUAUUACCAUCUGCAAUGGCAAAUAUUGAAAUAUUUCCUCCUAAAAAAUUUUUUAGUUUAUCACCUAAAGAAACUGAAGAUAGACGUGUUCUUCUCGAACAUUAUAUACAAUCGAUAGUACAAAAUAAAUUUAUUAUAACAUCAUCUUAUUUUAAAGAAUUUUUUCUCAAUGCUCAACGUGAAACAUUUACAACUGAAUCAUUUGAUAAUAAUGAUAAAAUUAAUUUAACAAUAUGUUUAUUAAAUAAUCAUGAAUUAAUUAUUGAAAAUCUUUCACCUAAUGAUAAUACAUCACGUUUACUUGAUGCAUGUGCACUUAAACUUCAAGUUCAACAAGAUUUUUUAACUUAUUUUAGUUUAUAUCUUUACGAACAAAAAGAUAAUCAAUUAAAUAUUAUUCGACCAUUAUAUGAAUUUGAAUCACCAUAUUUAUCAUUAAAACAGUUGAAAAAAACUUAUCAACAAUCAUGUAUUGUUUUAAAAAAAUCUUAUUGGGAUUUAGAUUUUGAUUUAAAAUUACUUGAUGAUCGUCGUGCACGUAAUCUUUUAUUUGUUCAAGCUCAAUAUGAAAUUGAACAAAGUCAAGAUUUAUAUCCAAGUGAUAUUUAUCGACAAUUAGAUAUUUUACGUGAAAAUAAAUCAUUUAAAGAUUAUAUAUUAUUAGCACGUACAUCGAAAUUCUAUGGACAUAUUAUUCUUCAAAAAUGUUCACUUCUCUAUCCAAUAAAUGAAACAACAAAACAAAAAUUAUGUCAAUGUUUAUUAGCGAUUGGAAAUAAUGAACUAUUAUGUUGUUUUAAUUUAGACGAGAAAAAGAAAGCAAAAGAAGUAUCAUUGAAAGUAACACGUAUUCGUUGUUGGAAAGUUAAUUGGACGAAACAAAAUGUAGAUAUUUCAGUAGAAUAUUUAAUUCAAAAAGGUACUUUAAUAUGGAUUACAAUACAUACAGAACAAGCAGCAUUGAUUAGUAGUUGUUUACAAAGUAUGGUAGAUGAAAUCAUAGCUAAAAGAAUAGAUACAACUAGUCCAGUAACAACUUCAAAUGAAUCAACAACUGAACGAGCUCUACCAAAAACAGCUAAUGGACUUGCAACAAGAACAGAAGCAGAUUUAGAACGAUUGAAUAAUAAUGAUAUAUUUGAUAGGAAUGAUGAUGAUGAUUUAUAG